UCAAGUUUGUGAUCGGCAUCCCCAGCAUCAAGCGCCCAGUGGAUGUGUACGUCUACAACACUGUGGGCUCACUGCUCGAUGCUAUGACAGAGUCGGAGAAACAGCAGACUCUGAUCCUUGUCUGUAUAGCCGAGCCGUGGAACGACCAGUAUGCUCAGGAAGUCCUGUCUACCUUCAAGAAAAGGUUUCCCAUCGAGAUCUCCCAAGGUAUACUGGAAGUGUUUUCCCCCAAACCAGAGUUCUACCCCAACCUGGCGCGCCUCAAACUCACACUCGGGGACGCCAAGGAGCGGGUCAGAUGGCGCUCCAAACAAAACUUGGACUACGCGUUCUUGAUGCUUCAUGCGUGGACACGAGGGGAAUAUUACAUACAGCUGGAGGAUGAUCUGUCGGCGCAGAAAGGAUUCAUCACAAGCAUGUCCAACACCAUCAAUAAACAGUACGGGGAGUGGUUCCUGCUGCAGUUUUCUACUCUAGGAUUUAUUGGUCGUCUGUUCAAGUGUAGCGACGUGCCAAAGAUCAUGGAAUUUCUCCUCAUGUUCUACAACCAAAAGCCGUGUGAUUGGCUGCUGGACGAUUAUCUGCGUGUGCAGUCCUGCGGGCACGGGGAAAACUGGAAAAAGUGUAUUCUUAAAAUUCAGAAGAUUGCCAGACCAAUUGAGCCUUCUUUGUUUCAACAUGAAGGACUCCAUUCAUCUUUGCAAGGCACCGUCAAUAAAUUAAAGGACAAAAGUUAUGGGAUCAACCAAACUUCCAUUCACCGAAAUCCUUCGAUAGAGAAUAUAAUAUCGACCAUCAAGCAGUACUCCAAGUACGACAUCUUCUCGGCCUACAUGGGGCAGGACGUGUUCUGGGGCGCCAAUCCCAAGGCUGGGGAUCUCGUGGACUUCUUGUUUCAUCCUCCGAUCCCAAUAUCCAGGUACCGGUACGAAAUGUUUGCUAUCGUCCUUAAUUGA